CACUCUCAUUAGAGAUCUUUAUCUCUCUAUAUAACUUCAGAAUCACUGUGCAGUUUUACCUACAAACAAGAUGGCUUCUUCUUCUUCUUCAGCAAAUAUAAUUCGCUGUAGUAUAUUUCUUUGCUGUAUUCUUGUUCAGGUAGUCCAAAUAACUGCCAUUAAGUUACCACCUAAUGUUAGAGUUCCUGCUGUUCUCGUUUUCGGGGACUCCAUUGUUGAUCCAGGGAAUAACAAUCACUUAGUUUCGUUGGUUAAGGCUAAUUUUCCACCUUAUGGAAGAGAUUUUAUGGGUGGAACACCAUCCGGAAGGUUUAGCAACGGCUUAAUCCCAAGUGACUUGUUAGUCAAAGCAUUGGGAAUUAAGGAUGUUUUACCAGCUUAUCUCGACCCGUCCUUGGGACCAGAUGAUCUCCUCACUGGCGUAAGCUUCGCAUCCGGUGGUGCAGGAUAUGAUCCACUUACCGCUAAAAUAGUGUCGGUUUUGGGGCUUGCGAAACAAAUGGAGUUAUUCAAAGAAUACCUAGCUAAAGUCACAGCCAUUGGAGGAGAAGAGAAAACUAAGAGUAUCAUAUCGGAGAGUGUGUAUUUAAUUGUUGCAGGAAGUGAUGACCUUGCUAAUACGUAUUUUACUUCACAAUUAAGAUCCAAUUAUGAUGUCCCUGCCUAUACUGAUCUUAUGGUUCAAGGAGCCACCAAUAUACUUCAGGAACUGUAUGACAUAGGAGCGAGGAGGUUUGCAGUGUUCAGCGCACCACCUAUAGGAUGCGUUCCAUCACAGAGAACAUUAGCUGGAGGGAAAGAGAGAAAUUGUGCGGAGACUUAUAACCAAGCUGCUCAGAUGUUCAACUCAAAGCUGUCUUCAUCACUUGACAACCUUAAUGCUAAUAAAUUUGUACAUGGUAGGGUUGUCUAUGUUGAUAUCUACAAUCCUCUCCAAGAUGUUAUCAACCGUCCAAGCCAUUAUGGUUUCGAGGAGGCGUCAAAAGGAUGUUGUGGAACAGGAAAGAUAGAAACAGUGGUUCUGUGUAAUGACUUAAACCCAUUUACUUGUGACGAUCCCUCCAAAUAUGUAUUUUGGGACAGUUACCACCCUACGGAGCGAGCCUACCAAUCACUUUUCGGCCCUAUCAUUAAAAAAUACUUCAACGAGUUCUUCUGUGGUAGUGGCACCACAUGCUCAUAAGCAUCCGUAAGCCAACCAUUUUACCCCAGCUGAUCAAUAUCAGAUGGUCCAUACUGCUCAUUGUGUAACUCAAAAUCCAGUUGUUCAGAAAACAAAUUCCUGUCUAAAAAAUUGGAAGAUGCGUUCCCAAUUUAAUUUAUUUCA